AUGCCCACUCCCACUCGCUGGCAUGGUGUAAUGGAUAAGCCAGCGAUUGGUGCCCUCACUUGCUUGACCAUCGGUCAGCAAGCAGAUUGGGUGGUACAAAGCCCAUAUCACAUGCAGGCAAAAAUAGUCCGAGAUUCUGACGGAUCAUCAUCACGGUCACGGACACCUGAACCCGGGUCAGCCAGUCUACGGUCGUCAGCUUCAUCGCUUGGCAGGAGGUUCACAAACCUUCUCCCUAUAAGUCACAAAUCGACAAGACAAGUCGCUGAAAGGGCUAAAAAUGAGUUUGGCCUUAAUACGGUCUACCAACCUCCCGAAUCUUCUAAUGUGAUCGCCGACUUGGUCUUCGUGCAUGGCCUAGGUGGCGGCUCCAGUACUACAUGGUGCAUUCAUGGGGAUCCAGAGAGUUUCUGGCCCAAGGAGUGGCUUCCCAAGGAUCCUGACUUUGAUGGUGUCAGGGUGCGCAGCUUUGGGUACAAUGCAAACUGGUCAACGCGAGCAAAGACGCCUCUCGACGUUCGUUCUUUUGGGCAAUCCCUUGUCGAGGAACUCAUCAGUGACCCUAUGAUCAAGUCUUCAGACACGCCAAUAGUCCUUCUUGGGCACAGCAUGGGCGGUUUGGUCAUUAAACAGGCAUGCAUCCUAUCAAAGACAAACCGGGACUUCGCACAACUCGCGCAGAGGUUCCACUCGUUCUACUUUCUUCGUACACCGCAUCGUGGAGCAAACCUCGCAAAGUUCCUGGGUAACCUCAUUCGUAUCUCUGGUAAGGGCCGCAAGCCUUACAUUCAGGGGCUAGAGUCUCAGUCUGAGAUCAUCCGGAGCCUUAAUGAUAGCUUUCGUGUGCAUUACGCCGGAAUUUGUUUGCACAGUUUCUACGAAUCCCAACCAACACCCCCGGUUGGGUUGAUUGUAGAUAUGGAAUCGGCUACACUAGAAUAUGCAGAAGAACGCCCUCAACUUUUAAACGCUAACCACAAAAAUCUAAUCAAGUUUCGAGAUAUUACAGAUACUAAGUACAGGUCUCUCAGAAACCGCCUUGCCGCCACUAUGGAACAGAUUCGAGCCAACACAAUUACUAUUGACAAGGCAGAGAGCCCUGGGGUGAAAGAUCAAAAAGGAAAAUUGCCAAUUCUCUCGCCUAAUCCGAACAACAGGACUCUGCCAGAGCCGCUUUUGUUGUAUCACAGUACACCAGAUGAUGAGCAGCUGAAAGCCAUCUAUAGAUACUUAUCUAUUGACUACGGCCCGGAAGACGCUCUCCUAUCCUUGGAUGAUACCAGACUAGAAGGCUCCUGCUCAUGGCUUCCCGCAAAGCCUUCUUAUCAGGAAUGGCUUCGCGCUCCAGCUCCCCGGUAUUUCUAUCUCAAAGGGGCACCUGCAUCUGGCAAGUCGAUUAUGUCGAGUUACGUUAUCAGAUGCCUAAAGCAAGACGAGAGGCCAACUUGUUACUACUUCUUCAAAGCCGGAGAGAAAACAGCUCCUAACCUAAGCAUCUUCCUCCGUUCAAUGGCAUAUCAGAUGGCGACGGUAAACCCUACGAUUCGAGAGGCGCUUUUUUAUUUGGCACUGCAAGGUCCAUCAGUAGACAUUCGCAACAUCAAAUCUAUCUGGUACAAUAUUUUCACAAGUUGCAUUUUCCACAAGGCACUUACCAGACCGCACUUCUGGGUCAUAGAUGCUCUGGAUGAAGCGACUCAAACCAGCAAUGCCGAAGAUUACUUCCUUCUACUACUCAAGAUUGAUGAUGAGAUCCCUCUCAAAGUCUUUGUGACCAGCAUACCAACUCAGGAACUGGACCAUUCUUUUACGCAGCUUCCAACAAUUAUUCAGCUCAUAACUCCCGAUGACUCCAUGCGCGAUAUCCAGCUAUACGUCAAUACCUGGUCUGCCAAUCUCCCAGUGGACGAGGUUGACGAUCGCAACAGACUCGUAGACAAGAUUGUUCGCAUGUCGGGAGGUAGCUUUCUGUGGACUGUUUUGAUCAUGAAAAAGCUUCGCCACGUCUUGGCCGUUGAGGAGAUACAUGAUGUCUUGAACGAGGUACCCCAGAGGAUGAAUGAGCUGUACCAGCAUAACAUCGAGAUCAUGGAGAAUUCGCCAUCGAAGAAGAAAGGAACUGUUAAGCACAUCAUCAUAUGGGCCAUCUGCGCUGUCCAACCUUUGACCGUUGACCAGAUGAGGGAAGCCAUUAAACUCAGCCAGAACAUCACACUUUCACUGAAUCUUCGAACAAGCCUCCAGUCAAUAUGUGGUCAAUUCCUUGAUGUCGAUAAACAUUCACGGAUCCAGGUCGUUCACGAAACAGCGCGAGCAUUCCUGACAGACCAUACUCUUGACUCAGAGUUUCGGGUAGAUUAUUCCGAAGGUCACGGGAUCAUCGCAGCUUCUUGUCUCGAAUAUCUACUUGGGGAUGAGAUGAAAAUAGUGACACAAUUUGGUACCAACCUAGUAAACGACCCCGCAUCUAUCCAUACACUGAUCCCGCCAUUCUGCCCUCGCGAUUCGGCCAUCCACCAGACUUUUGGAUAUGCAGAAGACGGGAUAAAACUUGUUGGCGCGUGGAACUCUGGUUGGGAUGAUAGAGUAUGCUCCAUCUCGUUCCAUGAGACCUACACAAGAGAGGUUGCAGCACGCGAUCAUCGCUUUGCUGUGGGCCUUGCAGAUGGUCUACUCAAGAUAUACAGUAACUCGACAUGCCAAGAGCUCUUUACUCUUGAUCACGCCGAAUCACUGUCAGUUCUCGACUUUGGACACACUGCCAAGUAUGUUGCCUCGGCGGGCUUGCGGCGUGUCAGACUUUGGGAUGCAAAUACUGGCAAAGAAAUAUUCAAUGUCAGCACAGACUCUCAAACACUGGCAGUUGCGUUGAAUGAAACUGAAACGUCCCUCAUUGUUGCCUCAAGGGACCGAUCUCUUGCCAAGUACCAAAUCCCAGAUGGUACAUGUUUCUACAAGGAGCAAUGGAUGGACACAUUUAUCGAAUCUAAAAACGUGGGGUUUCCACCGUCUCCGAGCGCCGUUCGUAUAUCAAUCGAAUUACAAGUUAUGGCCGUUGUUUGCAGAAGCCAACCAGUGCAGUUAUGGUCGCUUGAUAGCGAAAGACCUGUUGGUGCUUGCAUACGUCCAACAGCGCACAAAAACUCAAACGCUCGACAUAUCGUCCAUUCAGCCGUUUUCAACCCCAGCUCCUCCAAUCCUGGCUUGUUGGUGUCCUAUUGGGAUGAUGUGCUCGAAGUGUACGACGUUAGAACAUGCAGAACCCUCGCAUCCACAUCAGCAGGUCUAGACAGGAUAGCUAUUGCUCCCAAUGGAAAGACGAUUGCAGGUAGUGAUGGAACAGGUGGAAUCAAGAUCUUCGACUUUGAAACGCUACAGUUCUUGCACAGAAUACAGGUUCAAGGCGACCCGGUGACAUCGCUUGUGUUCGGGACUGAUGGCCUCCGAAUUAUUGACGUUAGAGGUACACACGCCAACGUCUGGGAACCACUAGUCCUCGUGAGUCAGGACUCUGAUUCCCGCUCGAGUGAGCCUAGUGAGUCAGUUCAUCAUAUAGUUGACGACAUAGGCGUUUCUGUUGUCAACGAGUCGGCAGCAAUCACCGCUUUGCAGUGCUGUGAGGAGAGUGGUAUAGCCUUCUGUGGACGGAACAAUGGAAGUGUUGAUACGUGCAACCUCGAUGAUCCCGAAAAGACAAUGCGCAGUCUUUACAGCCAUCGCGGUAGUUUCACAAGUGUGACUUGCAUUGGGUGGGCUUGUAAACCGCGGAUUGCUGCUAGUGCAGACUCAUCAGGCAGGUUUCGUAUCAUGCAGAUUACGACAGGUGCGCGCAGAGAAUGGGGUGCAGAAAUGUUGACCGAAGGCCAGUUGGACCCAGGUCAUAUCGUUAGUCAGGUCCUUGUUCACCCGGAAGGAUUGUAUCUGCUAGUUUCGUCCUCAGAAGUGGACUCAGUCUGGUGUGUGAGGUCCAAAGAGAGGGUUGCGAGUUUGACAAGUCGAAACCGAGUAACUUGGAAGUGGUUUGUGCGGCCAUCGAGUCCUCCUCAACUGCUUCUCUUCGAGGAUAGGAUGAUGAAGCUCUAUAACUGGGCCGAUCUCAGCGAGCUCGCUUCAGCUGAAGCUCGCAUCAUCCCCACUAUAUUGGGCAGAAGGGACUCGGGGCCUGGGGCUCUCAACGAUGCGGACGCGAUUUCCAUCUCCAGUGAAGGCGACGACUUGGUGUUCGUUGAGAAGCUGCAGCCAACCCAUAAGGAUUUACAGAUCAUGCCCAGUCUUUCUCAAAGCAAUACCAAGAUCCAUGUCUUUGAUCUCUCCUUUCUCGAAGCACAUGCAACACUUUCUUCGAGGACGCCUGCCCAUUUCAGCUCAACGGCGAGUACACGAUCUUCCUCUGCUCCCCCUCGACGUAUUCAGUCUCUUUCACAUCAUUCUCCACCCCCACAACUCCACAACCCAUUCUCUACAACCCCACUCGAAAAUCCACCAAAUGUCCCCCCAUUUCAUGCCGCCAGCAGCUUAUCUUCGGCACAUCGCCGCUCUUCAGUCAGGAAUGUGGCUGAUGUCCCCAACGUUGAGAGAGUUGUUGGAACAGUGAAAAGAUUUAACUCAUGGUUCUUGAUCUUUAUUUCUCGAGAAGGCUGGGUUUGCUCUGUAGAGCUUGGGGGCAGCAAAGUUCUUGAUACAUUCGAGAAGCACUUUUUCGUUCCCACUGUCUGGCGGACUGCAAAUUCAACCCUUAUCACCAAGGUUCGCCGAAAUCAGGAUAUUAUUUUUAUCCAUCAAGAUGGCGUGAUUGUUAUCAAAAACGGUUUAGAUAAUGGGCGACAUGUUUCAUUUUCUUAG